AGGCGAGUAUCGAAGUUGGAUUGUGGCCAAAAUGUGAACGCGCAUCGAAAACGAAAGUGAGAGUGAAAAAAGGUGAAUUUUUCCAGUGUAAAAAGUGCAAGGCAGUUUGAAGCUCAAGCGGAAAUUGAUGGAAACAACCUUUUAUACAAUUAAAGUGUGCAGUGAUUUUCAAUAAAAGAUUUAUAUGCUGAGUGCAAACAAUACAUACAUAAAUAAAUAGUUCCUGGAAAAUAAAGUGCUGCCUAUUUUUCUGAUUGUUGCAGCAUAGCUGCGUAUUACAUAAAGCGCAUUAGCCCACUGGCACACACACACACACACACGCGUACAUACAUUCAACACGUUGCAGCAUAGCUUACACUGGUGGAGCACCCCAUUUAUUUACCGCUACGUGCGCACAGAUCAAAUCUACUGCGGCUGUGUGUGUGUUCGCCCAACUAACCGACUUAUCGAGUACCCAUUCGGAUCUGCAGCAAAAAAAACACAACAACACAAAAAACCCGCUGCCAGCCAUACAACUGGUUAAACGGCAAUUAGCAAAUCAACUCGCGAUCGCACCCGCAUCACUCAUCCAGCCAGUCAGUGCGCUUCAAUUGAUUCAAUUGCCGGCCUGACCACCGCUGUCAAUAUGAAGUGUCGUUGCAUUGUCGAUUUUAUUGCCGUGGCCGUUGUCAUUGCAGCGGCCAGUGGUCUAAUUAUUUUCGCCAUAGCAAUGCAGAACUCCAGCCGCCGCGUGGAGCGAAAGUUGGCGGCGCAUGAAACCAAUUUAACGAAAAUUGCUGAACAAUUGAUGUUUAUAGGCACAACAAAACCAACCGAAGCUAAGCUGAUGGUAAAUACCAUUAUUAAUGAAGUAACAACCGAAGUAGGAAGUUUGGCAAAUGUAAUAGAAAAUACAAUAACAAAUAAUAAAAGUGCCGUUACAAAUCAUACUGACAAUGUGUCAUUGAUAAUAGAGCCCGUGGCCGCCGCGCAGGCCUAUGAAGAACGUAGAAUUCGUUUAACAACAAGUGCAACGAUCCCAACAACAACAGUGACAGCGGUGGAAACUGAAAUGCCGGCUUAUAUAACAACGUUUAAUGCAGCAGUUAUUCCAACAACAACAAGGAUGGCAAGACUGAGAGCGAAACCAGUGGCGGCAGCCAUCGUGGCAGCAGCACGCGCAGCCAGCGACUCAUUUGAGCUUUAUGCUUUUAAGGCAAGAAUAAUAAAACUGUACAACACCAAAAACGAAAAAAGGGUCUCUUAACGGAUUCU